AAAACGGAAAAAAAACCAAACGCUGGCUGUGAAAAAUUACAAAUACAAACAGUUUAGCGCGUGCUUUGUGUAGUGGCUGUUGAAUUGAACAAUUCAUUUUCCUUUUACUCAUUGCCCGUUAUAAUCUUGUUGUUUUCCUCGUCACGUCCAGUCAGUAUUAAUAAAAUUGGUGUGAGAGUUUUGUUGUGUUAAACUUGCGUUGUAAUUAAAUUUCACCAUGGCUACUUUGGACGAUAAAAUAUUGGGUGAGAAGCUGCACAAUUACUGCAGUAGCAGCGAAGAUGAAGGCUCUGAUGAUGAGGACAGCAGGAGCGGUGAUGAGGAAGGUAAUCCUCCUAAAGCGGAAGCGCCCGAGCCGCCACCCAUCAACAGUUGGUCGGGGUCCGCGAGCAACACGGGCCCUAAAGGUGUCCUGGAGGAUUGGAGGCGCUUCAAACAGCUAGAAGCUGAAAAUCGGAAAGAACUCGAAAAAGAACGUAUCGCUUUGGCUAAGAAACUAACUUUAACUGUGAAGCCAGAACGCGAAGAGAAGAAGGACAAAGAACUUGAGGUUCUCGAGGAUGAGCUGAAUGAAUUAUUGGACGAAGAUUUUCUGCUAAAGUAUCAAAAGCAACGGAUGCAGGAACUUAUGGCUCAAAUGAAGAAAACACCUAAAUUUGGUAAGGUCAUCACUCUUAAGACUCAAGAUGAAUUUCUGAACUCUAUUGACAAGGAGGACCCUAAAGUGGCAGUUAUCAUUCACAUCUACAACAACAGUUCAAUCGCUUGCAGAACUAUGGAUGGGUGCCUUAACAUUUUGGCUGCAGAUUACCCGGAGAUCAAGUUCUGUCGCAUUUCUGUGGACAUCACAGGGCUAAGUCGACAUUUCCGCAUUGAUGGUGUUCCGGCAUUGCUGGUGUACAAAGGCGGCCAAAUUAUUGGUAAUUUUGUCCAACUGGUCACAGAGUUGGGUAAUGAUUUCUUUGCCACUGAUGUGGAGCGCUUUCUUAUAGAAUAUGGAAUGCUUCCAGAGAAGUAAAUAAAUUAUAAAGUAUAGUUUUCAUUUACAGUGUGAUGUCUUAGAUUUAUUGGAGUGAAACCUCCUUGCUAUGUAUUUAUGAAGAUAGAAACUCUUCAUUUCACUCCCAGUGGACCAGCCGUUAAUUAAUUCAUUUUUUGUCACUUGAUGCUUGAUAUGUGUCGGCCAACUAUGCCUUGUGAAUUUAUAGAGAAAUUAAUUAAGAACUGCAUAGAUUUAGACAUGCUAUACAUACCUAGUAUGAUAAGGCUGUCACUGUUUUUACAAACUUUUUUACCCUUGCAUGUCUAGUUUUCUAUCUGUAAUAAAAUAUUAAAUUUAACCCACUUCUCACUAUUAUUUACAAUGUUAUGGUACCAUGAAGUUCUUGUGAAGCAUAGGUGGUGGGUGUAGGAACUCUAAUGUUAAUCUCAACCUCAUUGUGUUUAAAUACUCUUGAUGAGAAGUAAAACACCAAAAUGUAAUAGGCCACAAUAGGUGGUAAUAUCUUUCUAAUAAAAUGCCAAUGGGUCUAUGUGUCAACUAUUUAACAAUAGCUUGUAGUUGUUAUAAUUUCAGGCAUGGAAAUUCCCACUGAGUAUUGUACUCUAUUUCUAUAAUAGUUAAGACUAAGAUAGUGUUUAAUGUUACUAACUUAUUAUGUCAUCAAACAUCCAUGAGUGUACUUACAUUGUAUUAUGCAUUUGUUUACAUAAUUCUGUCAGUUUCCUGUUUUAUAACCAUAAUCAUGUUCUAAAGGCAUUGUUAUGAAUGUUAUGAUAUUGGGCCUUAAUAAUAUUUUCCAUGUACUUUAUUUUUGGAUACAAUUGCAUUUAUUUUAAAUACACUUUGGUGCUCUUUCAUUAAAGUGCUUGAAGCAUGUACAUUUACCUCUAUAAAUGUUGUUUAGCAAUUAAAGUCAGAUUUAGGCCCUUGUGUUCAUAUUGUAAUGCAAUAAAUGAAUUUAUGCUAAUAUAAAUGUAAUUAAUGGUAAUUAUAUUUUAUAGGUAUAUAAGUAAUACAUAGAGUUUAAUUACAA